ACUUUUCAGAAUUUCGGUUUCAUUUCCUUCUAAACUGCCAGCAUUCAGGCCUCUCGCUCUCUCGAUCUACUCCUAUUUACUAUUCCCCUUCCCAUUGUUUUCCUCUUAGGGUUUUAGUGUUACCUUCAAAAGAACUUCUCCCUCUCACCGUGAAAAAAAAAAAACAUGGACAGCUCUGAAAAUUGCGUUUGUUGGCACAGAUAUAGACAUCUACUCAUAACUUCUUUGCUCUUUGUGCUUUUGGUUUCAAGCUCGACCAAAGUGAGAUUCAUGGCUGAAGGAAGAGGCAUUCCAGAGUUAGUUAAGGCUGCUCAAGAAAGGAUAGAAGAGAAGAAAGUAGUAAGGAUGGUGAGAACUCAGAUAGGGUCCAGGCCACCAAGUUGCGAGAGGAGGUGCAGCAACUGUGAGCACUGCGAAGCAGUUCAGGUCCCGAUCGUCCCAAGAGUACUGCAAAAAACACCCAGGACAAACCAUUUCUCUGCUGCUGCUGUUGCGACCCCCACAAUUGCAUACUCCAGAGAUGGGGUCUCUAACUACAAGCCUAUGUGCUGGAAGUGCAAGUGCGGGGACUUCAUCUUCAAUCCUUGAUUGAACUUUUUCACCAUUCUCAAUUUGGUAAAUAAGAUACUAGCAAUUGUAACACUGAUCCGUCUCUUUCUCUGGUCAUCUUUUUAGAGAUUUCCUUUAACCAUCCCUAUAUAUAUACGAUGGGCCGGGAUUGGAUUGUAGAGUGCAUUCGUGGAUUGUUUUUGCACAUUAAGCUGUGUGCCCAGCUCUCUAAUUUCAGCAUAUAUCCACUUUCUGUACAUGCA